CCGGAGGCCCGCGUGGCGGCAGCGGGCACGGCCCGGCCCCGCCGCGCUUCUCCUCGGCGCCCCCGCCGUGGGGCAGGAGCGCGGCGCCCCGCGCUGCGGGCGCCCUCCGAGCCGCAGAGGCCGGCGGCAACCCGGACGCUGUCCUCCCCCCGCGCCCCGCUCGCGGCCCCCCGCCCGGGCACCAUGGACAUCUCCCGGGUCGGCGUGCUCCUGUCCUUGCCGGUCCUGCUGCAGCUGGCGGCCGGGGGCGGCUCGCCGAGGCCGGGCGCGCUGCUGCGGGGGUGCCCCGCGCACUGUCAGUGCGAGCCCGACGGCAGGAUGCUGCUCAGGGUGGACUGCUCCGACCUGGGGCUCUCGGAGCUGCCUUCCAACCUCAGCGUCUUCACCUCCUACCUAGACCUCAGUAUGAACAACAUCAGUCAACUGCCCCCGAGUCCCCUGCACAGUCUCCGCUUCCUAGAGGAGUUACGUCUUUCUGGAAACGCUUUGACGCACAUUCCCAAGGGAGCAUUCGCUGGCCUUUAUAGUCUUAAAGUUCUCAUGCUGCAGAAUAAUCACCUAAGACAGGUACCGGUGGGAGCACUGCAGAAUUUGCGAAGCCUUCAGUCCCUGCGUCUGGAUGCUAACCACAUCAGCUACGUCCCCCCGAGCUGUUUCAGUGGCCUGCAUUCCUUGAGGCACUUGUGGCUGGAUGACAACGCCCUGACAGAAAUCCCUGUCCAGGCUUUCAGAAGUUUAUCAGCACUGCAGGCCAUGACUUUGGCCCUGAACAAAAUACACCACAUACCAGACUAUGCCUUUGGAAACCUCUCCAGCUUGGUAGUUCUGCAUCUCCAUAAUAAUAGAAUUCACUCCCUGGGAAAGAAAUGCUUUGAUGGGCUCCACAGCCUAGAGACUUUAGAUUUAAAUUAUAAUAAUCUUGAUGAAUUUCCCACUGCCAUCAGGACACUCUCCAACCUUAAAGAACUAGGAUUUCACAGCAACAAUAUCAAGUCAAUACCUGAGAAAGCAUUUGUAGGCAAUCCUUCUCUUAUUACAAUACAUUUCUAUGACAACCCCAUUCAGCUUGUUGGAAGAUCCGCUUUUCAACAUUUACCUGAACUAAGAACACUGACUUUGAAUGGUGCCUCACAAAUAACUGAAUUUCCUGAUUUAACUGGAACUGCGAGCCUGGAGAGUUUGACUUUAACUGGAGCACAGAUCUCAUCUCUUCCUCAAACCGCCUGCGAUCAGUUACCUAAUCUGCAAGUGCUAGAUCUAUCUUACAACCUGCUGGAAGAUUUACCCAGUUUUUCAGUCUGCCAAAAGCUUCAGAAAAUAGACCUGCGACAUAAUGAAAUCUUUGAAAUUAAAGUUGACACUUUCCAGCAGUUGCUCAGCCUCCGAGCUCUGAAUUUGGCUUGGAACAAAAUUGCCGUUAUUCAUCCCAAUGCCUUUUCCACUUUGCCAUCUCUGAGAAAGCUGGACCUAUCGUCCAACCUCCUGUCGUCUUUUCCUGUAACUGGGUUACAUGGUUUAACUCACUUAAAAUUAACAGGAAAUCAUGCCUUACAGAGUUUGAUAUCAUCUGAAAACUUUCCAGAACUCAAGGUUAUAGAAAUGCCUUAUGCUUACCAGUGUUGUGCAUUUGGAGCAUGUGAGAAUGUCUAUAAAAUUUCUAAUCAAUGGAAUAAAGAUGACAACAGCAGUACAGAUGACCUUCAUAAGAAAGAUGCUGGAAUGUUUCAAAUUCAAGAUGAGCGUGAUCUUGAAGAUUUCCUGCUGGACUUUGAGGAAGACCUGAAAGCCCUUCAUUCGGCACAGUGCUCGCCUUCCCCAGGCCCCUUCAAACUCUGCGAAUACCUGUUUGGCAGCUGGCUAAUCAGAAUUGGAGUAUGGACCAUAGCAGUUUUGGCGCUUACUUGCAAUGCCUUGGUGACUUCCACAGUGUUCAGAGCCUCUCUGUACAUUUCCUCCAUAAAACUGUUAAUUGGGUUAAUAGCAGCAGUGAACAUGCUCAUGGGGGUCUCCAGUGCUGUGCUGGCUGGCGUGGACGCGUUCACUUUUGGCAGCUUUGCACAGCAUGGUGCGUGGUGGGAGCAGGGGGUCGGUUGUCAGGUCGUCGGCUUUUUGUCCAUUUUUGCUUCGGAAUCAUCUGUUUUCCUGCUUACUCUGGCAGCCCUGGAGCGCGGGUUCUCUGUGAAAUGCUCUGCAAAAUUUGAAAGGAAAACCCCCUUCUCCAGUCUGAAAGUGAUCAUUCUGCUCUGUGCGGUGCUGGCCCUGACCAUCGCCACGGUUCCACUGCUGGGUGGCAGUGAGUUCAGUGCCUCCCCACUCUGCCUACCCCUGCCCUUUGGCGAGCCCAGCACCACAGGCUACAUGGUCGCUCUCGUCUUGCUCAACUCCCUCUGCUUCCUGGUGAUGACCAUUGCCUACACCAAGCUCUACUGCAAUUUGGAAAAGGGAGACCUGGAAAAUAUUUGGGACUGUUCUAUGGUGAAACACAUCGCUCUAUUGCUCUUCACCAACUGUAUCCUUUACUGCCCUGUGGCUUUCUUGUCCUUCUCCUCUUUACUAAACCUCACAUUUAUCAGUCCUGAAGUCAUUAAGUUUAUCCUUCUGGUGAUUGUCCCGCUUCCUGCAUGUCUCAAUCCCCUUCUCUACAUCCUCUUCAAUCCCCAUUUUAAGGAAGAUCUGGGGAGCCUGGGAAAGCAAACCCACUUCUGGACAAGAUCGAGAAACCCAAGCCUGAUGUCUAUUAACUCUGACGAUGUCGAGAAGCAGUCCUGUGACUCAACCCAAGCCUUGGUAACCUUCACCAGUGCCAGCAUAGCCUACGACCUACCUUCCAAUUCUGUGUCACCGCCAGCUUACCCAGUGACCGAAAGCUGUCAUCUUUCAUCGGUGGCAUUUGUUCCAUGUGUCUAA